ACCACCAUUGUUUUUUAGAGUGUUAAUUUAUUUUAGUUCUUUUGUUAAACUGUGGAUCAUGAUUCAAGUGAAACUGUGUUUGUAAUAUUGUUUUAUGGAGCAUGUUUAUGAUCAAGUUUGAUAAGAACAUAGCUGGGUUGGAAGUUACAGCUUCUGGUGUCUCAUUCCAAUAGCAGAGAAGAAACCAUCAGACUGGAUCAGAUUUCAUCUGAUUUCUAUAUUCCUAGUAUGCUUCGGCAGUUAUUGCGCUACAUGAGAAAUGUUGUGUUUAUCCGGAAAUAUAUAUUCCUACUUUUUGCCAGUUCAAUUCUCUUUUUCGGGUUUAUUUUCUAUCAAAAUAACCAAACACAAUGCGAACAUAUACCUGUGGGUAUAAAACCUAAAAGCAUGGACAAGAAUUUAUCCAAAGACCAGUUAAAUCAAUUGAAACAGCAGUGGUUAAAUGAACUGAAAAAGUCUCAAGCUUUAUCGGGUCCCGACGAACCCCCAAGAAAUGAUUUAAAGCCCUCAGUUUCCGCCAUAGAGUGUUUAAUAAAUGAUGAAGAAACUGUCCAGUGUUUAAAAAGCUCUGAUUCAAAUGCUCAAAUUUACAUGCCAUUUGAUUUCAUUCAAAAUUAUUUCGAUGUUUAUGGAAAAAUGAAACAUUAUGAUGGUUAUGAUAGAUUUGAAUUUCAACAAAGCAAUGCCAAGGUUGUCUAUGAUCCAAAGAGCCCAUACACGUACACAGGUGUCUUCAUGACUUUCGAUUCAUAUAAUGUUGAAGCAAGAGAGCGUGUCAAGUGUAUAUCAGGGAUUACAGGGGUACCAUUAUCAACGCAGUGGCACAUUGAAGGUUACUAUUAUGGAAUCCAGAUUGCUCAGUUUGGCAUGAGUCACUACAGCAAACACAUGACACAAAAGCCACCAACCAAACAAGUUUAUGAAAAUGCAGAGGGUUCUGUCCAGUCUCGGUGGUCCUCCAGUAAUAAAUACUGUUUGGUUGAAAACGAAGAAGAUAAAGAAAGGAAUUCUCGAGUUAUUAAAUUCAGCACUCCAGAUUCUAUUCCAUUGGGAAGUGGGGCCUCCCUUGUUCUUGGCAACACCAUGGAGUUUAUCUUGUCGUUUGAUUUAAAAAUGGUUGCAAAUGGUUCCUUAUCUGUUGUCUUGGAAACCAAUGACAAAAUGAAACAAUAUACAAUUCAUUACAUCACAAACAGUUUGGUCAUUGAUUAUGAUUUGAAAUCAAAUAUAUAUUACGGAAUCGGUCCAAGUCGUACUUGGAGACAUAUGGCAAGGGAUUUGUUGACAGAUUUGAAAAAAGGUAUUGGUCUUACAACUAAAAAACAAGCAAAGAAAGUUAGAAUUGCCAUUCAAAAGGUUUCAAGGCUUAUUGUAAGGGGUCGUGGUUAUAUUGAUAAUGUGACACUCUCCACGUCUGAACACUUGACCCAAUUUUUUGAUGCAAGCCAAUGGAUGUAUUUAAACCAAGACAAGAAGACUGGAGGGUGGAAAAAUGAUGUUGAGCGAAGACUAGAGGGCUAUCCACCAAUUCCCGCUGGUUGGAUAUCAGCCAUGGGUCAGGGGCAAGGGAUGUCUGUAUUAUCAAGAGCCUACCAUGUCUUCCAUGACCCUAAAUAUAUAGUUGCUCUCAGUCAUGCUUUACAGCCGUUUACCAAAUCUUCUGAGCAAGGGGGUGUGCGUGCUACUUUUUUAAAAACGUACACCUGGUAUGAAGAAUAUCCAACCAAACCAAGUUCAUUCGUACUUAAUGGUUUUAUGUAUUCCCUUAUUGGUCUGUAUGACUUUAAAUCGCUCUUAGAACAUGAAUUUGGUUUUGGUUCAAAUGAGCAACCUCCCAAAGUGAGUCUGCAGAUUAGUUCUGUUGAUCUUCCAGCCACUUACAAACUUGUGAAGCAGUUGUACCACGAUGGCAUGACAUCUUUAAAAGCAAUGCUUCCUUUAUAUGAUGGUGGGUCACGUACAUUCUAUGAUCUACGACACUUUAUUUUAGGCAUGCCGCCCAACGUAGCAAGAUGGGACUACCACACCACCCACCUAAGUCAGCUUGUUCUGCUUUACUCUGUUUCAAAUGAGCCGGUGCUUAAAAAGUAUUUUGAUAACUGGUCAGGUUACCUGAGGGGUAAAGUAGCAAAACACAACUGAUCUCUUCGCUUCUAUUUCGCGCAGCUGUUUCUGCUUUUCAGUUCAUUUUAGACGCCACUGUUAAAAUGAAAAAUAGUAUAUAAUUUACUUGCAUAUUAACCAUGAGCAAUGUUGCAUACACAUUUCUUUGCUUUGCAGUAUUACUAAAAUCUGUAAGAACGCACGUUUACUUUUAUUAUUUUAAUAUUGUAUCAUGUUUUGUUCCAAACCUUUCUGUAACGCUCAUGGACCGCUAUAUUAAAUUCAAGUGAUC